CAAUGCUGGAUAAUUUAGUUACAGUUAGUAUUUUAAUUAGCCACGGUACUCACCAUGACUAAUUUAACUAGACGACGGACUAUUUGACAGUGAUAUAUUGUCGUUUUUGUAAGUCCGCCGUAAGAGCAAUCAGAAGCGUCGUUUAACCUGCAGCUGUCGUGAGCGACGAGGAGCAUAACAAAAUAGCAAUUUGUAUUCCGAUUCGGAGCUACGGUCACCACGCUAGCGACUCGUCCAUGGAGGCCUCAGAUGAUGAUGAACAUGUUAUCCUGGUUUGCACAAACCCUGAUCCAAUUGAAUCGACUGAGAACCAAAACGAAGAGAUUCUUGUGUCGACCAUAGAUAUUCUCAUUUGUGAUUUGCCAACGAUUCUGAGUUUCCGGACGAUCAAAGUUCAAGCACAUCGCAACAGGCUCAUUGAACAAUCACUGUAUUUCCGGGGCCUCCUCAGCGGGAGCUUCAGUGAAUCAUGCUUGGGCUAUAUCACUAUCAAGUGGAAUGUUGGUGUAUUUAUGCAAAUUCUUAAGCAUAUGUAUGGCUGCCCAUUGGAUAUUACUCCGGAUAAUGUCCUCCCUCUUUAUGAGGGUGCGCUUUAUUUUGGAGUGGAGACACUUAUCUUGAAGUGUGAGAUGUGGUUUUCUGAGGUAUUUUCACCCAAAGGAUUUCAAUCAACCCUAAUAAAAAUGGAGGAUUUGAUCCAAAUUUGGAAAUUUGGCUUGGAUCAUGCAAGUGACUUUAUCCUGCACUUAUGUGUGGACUACCUAGCAAGAAAUUUUAUGUGGGCAAUGCAUAGCAAAUUUUUUGGAAAAAUUCCAUAUGACCUGCUGUUAUCUUCAGUAAAGCACCCUCACUUGACUGUUGACAGUGAAAUGCAUCUUUCUGAUGCACUUCUUCUCUGGCUUGAGAGUAACAUGGAAAAUUUGGAGAGGCCGAGCAAAGCUGAAGACAACUGCAAUGAAAUUUUAAAACAAAUUCGUGUGGGCCUUUUGCCUUUGUGGUUUGCUGCAGGAAAAAGAAACUCUCUUUAUUUUAGGCAGCAGGCUGAGGAAAGUCUUGAUUCAAUUUUUAGACCACUAAGUAUUCUACCUAUGGGCUCUCUAGAUAUUUUUGGGUAUAGUGACUUGCAAGUACAACAUCUCAGGAUUCGACUGACAGAAUAUUUGAAGAAAGUGAACCUUUCUGGUUGUCCGCAAAUAACGUCUGCAAUACUGCUUCUGUCAGUCAUCCCUUCAUCAUAUCUGACGGAUCCCAUGCAAAAGAAGAUUAUAAAACAGUUCUUUAUUAAUUCUGGACAUCCUAUAAGAGAUGAAUGUGCAUUCCCACAACAGCUGUUAAAAACCUUUACCUUUGAAGCAGUUCAGGAGGUGGAUAUCUCAAAGUGUGGAAGAUUGUGUAUUGAACAUGCUGUUGAUUGCUUCUGCAAGUCCUUUCCUUCUUUAAGAAUAUUGAAAGCAGCUUAUCUUUUAAACAUCAGGACGACCAGUUUCCUUCAAUUAUUGGAAAAGUGUCCUUUGAUCUGCGAAAUUGACUUGACUGUUGAUAUUACUCCACUAAUACCAGCAUUAGUUACAGUUUUAUCUUCUAGCUUUAAAUAUAUAGCAGUGGAAACCAUGUCAUUUAAUGAAAUUGGAUCUCCGCUUUCUAAUAUUACAAAACUCACAUUGGAAGGAAGAACUGAUGUCUGUGAUUUGGGUCUCCAGUAUAUCUCCAAAUUUUGUGUUUCAUUGUGUCACCUGAAUAUUAAAGGAUGCAUUUCAGUCACUGAUAUUGGCAUAUCAGAUCUCAUACUCAGAUGUAAAAAACUUAAUUCAAUUGUGGUUUGCGAUACUUCAUUUGGGAUAAAUUCAGUUCAAGCUCUUUCCUUAGCUAUUUCUGAUGAUGGCAACUUUUCCUCUCUACAUCCUAAAGAUAAGCAUUUGAAUUCUGUGGUGUCUAAUCUUCAAACACUGCAUAUGGGUGGCUGCAGGGGUAUUUGUGAGUCAUCUAUACUAGAGCUUAUGUCUCGUGCACAAGUUUUGAAGAGUUUAUGCCUGAGAGGGACUGAGCUGUUUGACCAGGCACUGUAUAAUUUCAUAGGUUCUUCCUUGGAGAUGCUUGAUGUUUCAAAUACCGAGAUUUCUGGAGCUGCAUUAUCUUAUGUUAUUCGCAGAAAUCCACAUUUAAAGUGUCUGAAAGCAAGGGGUUGUAGAUAUUUAUUUCAAGAAGACAGUUGUAUUGAAAAGAGAGACUCUAGCUUUUCCUCUUUGCAUGAAGAACUACAUGACGAGUUAGGAAAGAUGUGUAGAUUAGAAGAAAUUGAAUUUGGAUGGGGUUUUUCUUCCUUCUCUUUGAGUUCUCUGGAACCUGCACUGAUGUCAUUAAAGACCAUCAAUAUAGGUUUGGGUGGGAUGUUAGGUGAAGAUGCAUUAAGACGAUUACCUGCUAUUUGUCCCUUGCUAGAAACAAUAAUCCUUCAUUUUCAGGUGAUAUCUGAUAUUAUUGUGAUGAACUUAGUUACAUCUGUGAUAAACUUGCAAGUAUUAGCUCUGUGCUAUUGUUUUGGUGAUAUAUCCAACACAAGCUUCAAAUUCCCCAUGCAAAAUCUCAGAAAGUUGAGGCUUGAAAGAGUAACCCCUUGGAUGACCAAUGAUGAUCUGGUUAUUCUAACUCAAAACUGCAGAAAUUUGGUUGAACUUUCAUUGCUAGGAUGUUCUCUUCUUAACUCAGAUUCUCAACAUAUAAUUUCAUGUGGAUGGCCGGGCUUGGUGUCUAUCCAUUUAGAGGACUGUGGAGAAGUGACAGCAAAUGGGGUCUCUGCUCUUCUUGACUGCAUAGCGCUUGAAGAUCUCCUGUUGCGUCAUAAUGGCCCUGGGCUACGGAGAAACUUUGUUUUUAAUGCUGCUUUAAAGAUGCCAUUACUUCGAAAACUGUCACUGGAUAUAUGCGAUGCAAGCGAAGGUGAUUUUGACAUUCCGAAUAAUUAUGCAGACAGAUGCUUUUUAAGUACCUUGAAGAUAACAAGAUGCAAAUCUCAAAGAUGUGCAUUUAAUCUCCCAGUCUCUGCCCCAGGGGCUCGUAGAAGAUCCGUGCAUGUGGAAACGCUGGUGCUUGUGUGGAACAGCAGUGAUCUCAUCAGAACGGUGGUGAAGGAAAGGCUUUAGUGAAUACUUGUCUUGAGCAUUAAUUAGAUAAUUCUCUGGUCACAUCACCCUCCUCCCAAGAUGAAGGGUUCCUUUUACAAGUGAUUUGGUGGCAUGAAUUAAAAUGCUUAUAGUGAUUAAGAAGUUGGUCUUCUUGCUUCUGCUAAAAGUUGGCUUUUCUGAAAUUUGUUUGUAUUAAUUAUCUCUUACGUUCUUUACCCUAACUCAGCUAAUAAAACGACGCUAAGAUGCUUGAGAAGUCAGCGGUUGCACUUUGUAUGAUGAUGA